CCCCCGGCGCGGGGGUCUUCGCGGCCGCCGCGCCGCCCUUGACUUCCGAGCGUGAGGAGCGGCCGGACUCGAGCACCGCGUGCCAGGCCGAGAAGGAUCGGCGCGCACGGCCUGCCCGUUGCUAUGGACAGCACCAUCACUCUGUGGCAGUUCCUGCUUCAGCUCCUCCAGGAGCCCCAGAACGAGCACAUGAUCUGCUGGACAUCUAACAACGGGGAGUUCAAGCUUCUGCAGGCUGAGGAGGUGGCUCGUCUCUGGGGAAUUCGCAAGAACAAGCCUAAUAUGAAUUACGAUAAGCUCAGCCGAGCCCUGAGAUACUACUACGUAAAGAACAUCAUUAAAAAAGUGAAUGGUCAGAAGUUUGUGUACAAGUUUGUCUCUUAUCCAGAGAUUUUGAAGAUGGAUCCGCUGACAGUGGGCAGGAUGGAGGGAGACUGUGAAACUUUAAAUUCCCUUGAAGCCAGCAGUUGCAAAGACGCUGACGGCGGGGUGAAAGAGCGGGCCCCUCCGCCUGCAGCCAGGACGUCUAGUCGCAAUGACUACAUACACUCUGGUUUGUACUCUUCAUUUACUCUCAACUCUUUGAACACCUCCAACAAGAAGCUUUUCAAGUCAAUAAAGAUAGAGAAUCCGGCUGAGAAACUGGCAGAGAGAAAAACUCAGGAGCCGACACCAUCUGUCAUCAAAUUUGUAACAACGCCUGCCAGAAAGCCACCCAUCGAACCUGUUGCCGUUACCUUUUCAACAAGCCCAAGUCUUUCUCCCUCUUCUGAAGAAACUAUCCAAGCUUUGGAGACACUGGUUUCUCCUACACUACCUUCUCUGGAGGCCCCAGCCUCCGCGUCCAUUCUGGCUGCCACCUUUAACCCCACCCCUCCAGUCCCCUCCGUACCCGUCCCUCCAGAGGAGUCCCCUCGGACACCUUCUCCACCAUUGAGUUCUAACCCAGACAUUGACACAGACAUUGACUCGGUGGCUUCUCAGCCAAUGGAACUUCCAGAGAACCUGUCACUGGAGCCUAAACAUGAGGGUUCAGCUGUGCCAGAGAAGGACAAAGCAAAUAACUCCUCAAGAUCCAAGAAGCCCAAAGGGUUAGAACUGACACCCGCCCUUGUGGUCACAGGCAGUGACCCCAGCCCCCUGGGGAUCUUAAGCCCAUCUCUCCCGACAGCGUCUCUUACACCAGCACUCUUUUCUCAGACUCCCAUCUUGCUGACUCCCAGCCCUCUGCUCUCCAGCAUUCACUUUUGGAGCACUCUCAGCCCAUUCGCUCCCCUGAGCCCAGCCAGACUGCAAGGUGCUAAUACGCUUUUCCAGUUUCCUUCUGUGCUCAACAGUCAUGGACCAUUCACUCUGUCUAGCCUGGAUGGACCUUCCACUCCUGGCCCAUUUUCUCCAGACCUACAGAAGACAUAACCCUUGCAGUUGCGGACUAAGACCAAGGAACUAAGAAACAGGGGCAUCCAGCAGGAUUGGUUUGAAACGAGUGAUGGUUCUGCAGGGCUCUUUUCGACUCUUGUAAUUUCCCCGUUGCCUGUUGAAAGCCUUUUCGGGUUCUCAGAAGUCGGACUGUAUAAAAAUGCCUUAAUCGGAGUCCUAACUCCACUUCCCUUCUUUUUUAAAAAGGUGGCAUGUGUGCGUGAGUGCGUGCGUACGUGUGUGUGUGUGUGCGCACGCGCGUGAGUGUGCGUGCGCUGUUGCUGACUUUUUGUUUGUUUUUUUAAGCUUUGUGCAGAAAGCAUUGGUCUGUUGGGAUUCAGCAGCUGUAUUUUGCAAGAAAGUCGCAGAACAAAGUUAUUGGUCCUGGAUGUUAGGACUCUUUGGCCAGGGGGAAAUGUAUGCUUAGUGUCUGUUAUUUAAAGAAAUACUUGAUGGCCCACUUCUGUGAUCCCAGCACUUGGGAAGCUGAGGCAGGAGGAGAACACCAAGGGCUGAGGGCCAGCCUGGCUAUGUGUAUAGUGGAGACUGGCUCACAGGGAUAGAAAUACACUUAAAGCACAUUGUAGUAAGUAUGCUCUGUCGAGUAACUGAACAGGAGCCCCUCGUUAACAGUGGGAGGAAGAAUCACUCCUGUUCUUAGGAGGAUUAAGUUAUUACCAGGAGGGAGGCUCUGACAUGACUGUCAGCUCCACAGACAGGUGCUUUGUUUGUGCUUAUCCUGGGUGGAUCUCUGCUAUGCCCGUGAUCUCGUCUGAACCUGUCAACGGGCCCUGGCCCUGAGCUUUCGUAACACAAGGCUUUGAAAGCUCAGUUUUGAUGUGGGUUUGGGGCAUUCAUUGAGAAUACAGGACCCUACUUUGAGCACAGAUCUCUUGUCUGCUCUCUGGCUGGUGUGGUUCUGUAUUCAUGCAGCAUGUCUUGGAAAAUGAUUAUAUUUUAGGAGAAUAGAGUUGGGGCUUGAAAAUUGAGUCUUGGAAGCAAGCAAAAAGGUUCAGUUGAGUACCCUGAGACACGGGUGGGGCCAUUUUCCAGCCAGAAGGCACCCAGAGUGACAGGCCCCUCUUGCUAAUUUUAUCCACCUCUGCUCUGCAGUUCCCAUGCUGCCUUUCAAAUCAAAGGGCAAAGGUUGGAGCAGUGUUCAGGUGUGAUCAGGAAACUUUCCAGUCAGUCAUGAGAUAAAGGUGUGUUUUUAUUUCUCUCCAGAAAUGUCUGAAAUUAUGGGAUCAGAUAGCAUUUGGCCGUUCUCAAACAUAGGAUUGUGAAAUUAGUAAGGAGAACCUCUUCUUGCUGCAGACCUUCACCUGUACAUUGUCAUGUUUAUAAAAUACUGUGUGUUGAGUCAGAGCCAGAUGCACACAGGUAGAUUGGUCUCUCAGACUGAAUUGACAGCAGUUAGCACUGUGGAAUCUUGCAAUUUUUGACUCUAAAGUCCAGAACUAAAUUAUUUUACAUGCCCCACCCCUCACCCAUUAAACCCUAGACCUGACCCGAAUGGAAGACUCAGGACGGCUGCCACAGUGGCGUCUUUCAGGACAGCAUUGGCUGUCCAGUGCAGAGAUGCUUAGGUAUGGAAGUGCGUGCUGGCUGGGUAGUGAGGGGCCACAGUGCGCUGCCUUUUUGAGGGGCAGUUGGAGACCUGUUACUGGUUCAUUUGUGGUUCUAAAUGUUCUGUUCCCACGAUGUGCAAUAGUAGGAUUGAAGGGCAGUGUUCAGAGUGAUGGGAACAGGCGCAGUAAUGGGCUUUCUUCCCAUGGUGGAUUAUUUAGUUUGCUUGCAUAUUUGGAAUUACCCUCAGCAGCACUUUGUAGUAAUUUAGUGGGUUAACAUUGUAUGUACUAAGUAAAUAUUGAGAAUUGAUCUAACUAGAUGUUUGAAAUUCUGAAAGCAUAAAAGUUUUAUCUUCUUGAGUUAAAGGAGAAAAAGCCAUUGGUUGUUUUCACAGAUGAUAUAUUUGAUAGUUUACUGUUUUAGCACAGAGGUGCCUUGGGUCCAAGGGUACCAUAUAAACUCAGGCUGGGUGUGGUAGCACAGGUCUGUGAUCCCAGCGCUUGGGAAGUGAAAGCUGGAGGAUCAAGAAUCAGGGAUAGCCUCAGCUACAUAGUCUGAGACUAGCUUGAACUACAUGAGACCCUGUCUCAAAAAAAAAAAAAUCCCAAAAACAAACAAACAAACAAACAAAAAAGCAAAAAGCUCAGAGCAUCGUUGUAAGAAACCAUGAGGCCUUGGGGAGGGGGGUGAUUGAUGCACCCACUUUCUUGUUACAAUGAAUGAAUUGGAGGAAGCGUGUGCUUGCUCUGUGUGCGUGAGUGAGUUUCCUUUUUAAAGUCAGUUUGUAACCUUGCUGUGUGUGUGAGGCAGACAUUUCUUGCUGCAGACUACCUCCUUCCUGAAGAAGUCUGAGCUUUGUAUGGUUUGAAUAGCCAUAGAAUUCUUAGCAUCAGCAGCAUCGGGGAGAGGUUCUGUACCUUCAGCUAACAUCUGGCAUCAACCACCACCCCUGUCACCUUGCCGGGCGGGUGAAUGCUGCUGGGCAUCAGUAGCCCGAGGCACGGGGGCUGAGCGGGUGUCAGGGUUUGUGACACCUUCUGAGGCCUCUUAGUUUUUUUUUUUUUUUUCCUGUUCUGGACCAUCUCUGCUCAGCUCAGUGACUGCAGGUUUGAGAGGGGUCUUGGGGUCCCAGAAAUGCCUGGCUUUGGAGGGUCUGCUGGCUUCCUUGGUUUUCUGUGGCUCAGUGCAUUGCCACAAGCCCUGUGUAUAUUUAUUUCCCUGGGUGUGUUUUCCCUUGAACUGUACUUUUUCUCUUGCCCAUGUUGAUUUAAAAAAAAAAAAAAUACAAAAUUAAAAUGUCAGGUCCACUCUUAAUGAUUUCUCAUAGUAUUCUCAUAGUAUUGUUUUGUAAUAUUACAGUCCUUGUGGCAUGAUCUGUGUGUUUGAAUGAGGGUAAAAAUUUCCACUAACUAAAAAAAUAUAUAAUAUAUCAUUGAAUCUAGAAGCCCUCAAAUGGCCAAUGUUAAACUUCAUCAAGUUAAAAUGUUUAUUGUCCCUCAUAUUUUAAGAGUUAAAAUAGAAGCAUACAUUUUUUCUCUGUGGCUUUGUGUUUUUGUUUUUGAGAUGGGUCUUUCUGUGUCACCCAGGCUGGCUGUGAACCACAUCCCGAAUGCUAACAUUGACAAGUGUACACCCACACGCCUGACUGUUUUCAAAUUUUGGUGGAGGAAGUAAGGCCAUGAACUUACAUAGAGUACUGGAUUUUCCUUCUCAAACUGGAAAAUUCCUUUCAGAUUUGUAUACUGUACUAGAGAUCAAAAAAGGCAGGAGUGGCUGGCAGGCAUACUGGGGGCUUGGCGUCCAUGGCCAACCGCCAGCAGUUGGUAUCGCCACUGUGGUUUUGCUCACCUUGGCCUUGUUCUGUGUGAGGUCUAGUACUGUUUACCGUGGCCUAUGACUUUAACCUUCUUAAAGGCAACUUUAUGUGGUAAUAAUGUCUCAAGCACCAUUGUGGCCCUUAGUGGAAUAUUAGAAGGGCGGUUACCAGUGUUCUGGAACAUGUACCUCGAUUAGGAAAAGUUUUUCUUUUUGGUUUAUUUUCUUUUUUGAUUUCUGAGACUGGGUCUCAGUCAUUAGUCUAGGAUGACCUCAAACUCUUGGCAAUCCUCCUGCCUCAGCAUCCCAGGUACUGAGGGUUUGAAUGUGAGUUAUUCAAAAAUUCAUACAUAUGUACCCCUCUAUUAAAGUAACAUUCACACUCUACUGUAAUCUACAAAAUGGGGGUUUAGCAUAAGAAAUAAAUGCUGUAUAGCAGCCAGUCCUGCUGAGUCCAUCCUGUCCCCCAGCAGAUGGCUCUGCACCUAGAUUCAAACACUGUCCUAAGUCACUGGCGAAACAUGAAGUUGCUUGUUUGAUUCUCAAAUACAGAUUUUUUUUUUCUUUAAUAACAUGGGGAAAUUCUAGUUUGAAUCUGUAGCUUUGUCAUAGCUUUUCAGAUUUCAGACUUAAUUCUUCCUCACUGGGGAUUUGUUCCCAAACGCUUUCUGGAUUCCCUGCACACCCCGAGCUGUCCUUUUUCAUCUCUGGAUUACGAACAGCCAGCAUUUUUACUCUAUAGUCGUCUUACAGUCUUCUUUGGUCUUAUAUCUUACCAUCAGCUUCACAGGUUAUUUUAUGCUAAAGUGUAUGCCACUUUAGCUUUCUUGCUAGGUUAUGAAGUGCUGUUUUUAUUGUGUUUUUCCAUUUGGGAUAUUUAUGCAUCUGAAGGGAUAGUUUAAUCAAUGGCUUGCUGUUUAUCACUUAUUUACUACAUAUGUGCCAUUUGCCUGUGCCAAAAAACGGGGAAUCCUGCCUCGGUGCCACGGUGGCUUGGAAAGGUAUGCAGACAAGGGCAGGCCUGAGCAGAAACCCAGGGCUCCGAAUGAAUUUCCAGAUCAGCGAGAUUCAGAGUGUUGCCACUGUCUGACCUACUGUUGGGGUGGGGUCUCAAGUGGAUUUGAGCCGUGAAUGCUUGACACAGUGCUGGGAAGGGACAGACACAGGGUCCAUCUCCAGCAGACUCCCAGACGCUGGCUUCUGUAGAAAGCUUUUCGUUGGUUUUCUUCUAGGCCUGCUGCUCUCAAUGCAGGCGCUGCCCCCAUUCAUUGUUCUCUGACUUCAUCACAAGUACUUACUGAAGGUGAGGUCUCCAUCUUUGAGCGGGAUUCUUACAGGCGAUGGCGCGUCUUGUGCUCCGUGGGACUUGUUACUAUCAGAGUCACGUCUUCUCCUGUAAACAGCAGAUAGGAGAGGUCAGUUGUCAUCAUAGUGACAUCGUAGUGUCCAGCAAGAGCUCCAUCUGAAGCUCCCAGUCUUUCAAGCUGCAUCGCAGUUACUGAGACAGUGUGCCGCUCUUUGUAGUUUAGCCCUUGUGAGAGGUAGAAAUGCAGAGUGGCUUGUGGUAGGGCGAUGGCAGCUGGCCCAUGCCUAGGUCCUGCCAAUAGAAUCAUUCGCUCUGCCAGCUUUCAGGAGUGGGAUUCUGUGGACCACUAUUAAAUCACUUGGCACUUUCUUGGCAUCUAUAUUAGCAUUGUUUGCUUGUUUUUUUCUUUUUUUCUUUUUUUUUUUUUUUUUUUUUUUUUUUUUUUUUGCUGGUUGGCUUUUGAAGCAGUGUCUCAUUGAGUAGCUCUGAGAAACUCACUAUGUGGACCAGGCUGGCCUUGAACUCACAUAGAUCCUCCUGCCUCUGCCCCUAAGUGCUGGGAUUAAAGGCAUGCACCACCAUGCCCAGCUGUUUUUGUUUUUAAUAACUGGAAGUAGUUAAUGGUUCUUUUGCGCAGUUUCAGCUUCAGGAUAUUGAGGGUCAAGGAAAUAUGGUUUAUUUCUCCUUUCUAGUUUGGGGAACUUAGAAUACUUAGAGAAGGGAGAAAUGGAUUACCUGAUGAGUCUCCUCCAGGCUCGGUGAGGAAGCCUCUUUCAGCUAGGGUGUAAAUGACUCACAAGCUUUUAUAUUAUGCUUUGUAGAAAUUUAUGAUUUUAAAAGAUGAUUUGCAUUGGUAGAUUGCACUGUAAAUUUGAUAUGCAAAAGACAAUUGUAGUCACUGUUUGCUUGAGGACAGUAUUACCAGUGGCCUCUGUUAGUUAGCAUCUGCUGCUGCCAUUGCUGGCAUAUGUCAUUGCUGGCAUACCCGAUAGCAUGUUUCUGUCCUUCCCUUUGAGCAUCCCUGGGAUCAGCUAAAGUGCACACUUAGGGGAAAACUUACAUAGGAUCUCUGAGUUCCUGGAGGCCUGCAUACAGUGUGGCCCUGAGGGCCUUCCCUUUGCUUCUGGCAGUUUCGUUUAUCUUUGUGGGUGGGAAAGACUAAAUAUAAAACUCUGUCUGGACUGUUAGCACAUGCCCAUAAUCCUAAUGCUUGGGAGGUGCAGGAGGAUUAUAGAAAAGUUCAGGGUCAUCCUUGCCCUACGUGUGAGUUUUCAUUUUGAUACUGAUUAGUUUGGUUCUAAACAUAAAAUUCUGGGUUAAAAUAAGUUUCUUAGAAUUAUGUCUUUUAUUCACCAAGUAAUUAAAUUGGCUUUUUAAAAAGUAGGUUUUGUUUCUGUGAGCUUAGUCUUGUCUUGAUUAGACUGACAUUAAACUGCUGGAUACAACAAUCUCUUCAGGUAUCAGCCUACUGAGUAGCUGGGACUAAAGGCAAAUGCUACCACAUCUGGCUUAAGUCUGCAUUUAAGAACAACCUAGUAAUCUCCCGUGGAACUUCAGCGCAGCUGGUAGAGUGCCCGCCUAACAUAUAGCCCAAGGUUUGAUCCCCAUCUCAUCUUAAACUGGGAGUGGAGGGUCAAGCCUGUGACCCUGGCACUAGGAACGGAGAAGGCAGGAUAAUGAAGAAGUUCAAGGUCAUCUUUGGCAGGUUCGAGGCAACCUGAGACACAAGGUCCUUGUGAUCAGUGAGAAAUAACCGUGUUUAUUUUACAUUAUGUGUGGUGGUUGAGUCACAAUGGGCCUGGCAGUUGGUGCAUGGUAAGGUGUAAACAUGAUUGUGAAGGUAAAUGACAUUAGUAACAUACUCUUGCUUUUCAUUCAGUUAGUCUAUAAUUUAGUAAGAAGCAUGUGCUCUGUCAUGGAGAUUGCAAUGUAUGUAUAUACACACACACACUGGUGUUUACACAGGAUGGGGGUUGGGCACAGGCUCCUGUGUAUGUGAGCUUGGGAUGGGUGGAUAAAGGGACUCCGCAGGGUCUCAGCUCCUUAGAGGGACUGUCGCCCCUGUGUCCACCCCUCCUUGCUUGUGUUAUUGAAAUCUGCAUCUCACAGUACUCAGUGCAGGGUCACCGCUUUGGACAUCUUUAGAUGGGUGCGAGCAACACCUGCCCAAAAGAAGACUUGUUGGGGCGACACUAAUGGCGUGUCUUUAGUUUAGUUUAUUAAAUUAAGGAGACCUGCAAAGUAUCACAAUCACUUCUGUUCCUUUCUGAAAAAGCAAUUGAAACUGUAACUGCUAACAGUCCUUAAAAUUAACAUUUGUUCUUACAGCUGGACAGAAUGCAAAGUCAUCUCAUCUGGCUACACAGUAGCACUUGACUGUAGACAAAGGGGUGUUUUAAGGUUGGGGAAGCCGGUAUGGAGUCUUGAAUUCAGCCUUUGCGUGACAGAAAUGUCAUGGAGUUUAUUUGGGAGUGGGGCGGGGCAAAGGAUGCAUGUGCACUUUGAGGGCUUUCUAAUGCACUGCUAUUCAGAAAAAAACAAAAAAAAAAAUCAAAACAAAAAAGAUGGCGGCCUCCUGGGUGCCGUCUCAGGCAUUACAAGGGACCGCCCUGAGUAACCAAUUGGGGUCCUUCCUUCUGUUGCUUCUAAGCAUUAUGCAAAAGCUUUGUUAACUUCUAUAAAGAUCAUGUGUAUUUUAAGAAAAUGAUACAUUUAAAGAACUUUUAUGUAAGAACUGACAGAGGUAUUUGCUUGUGUGUGGGAAGCUGGCUAUGAGAAAACACUCUGGCAUGUUCGCUACAAGUCCAGAGCUAUAGAGAUCUGUUUAUAGAUACAUGUGCAACUAGAUACGGACAACAAUUGUAUUUUUUUAAAAUAAAUAUUUUUAACAAAA